AUGGUCAAUCGGACAAAUCAACCUACUAAUUCUGCCAUAAAAAACAACCAUGCUCCUGAAAUGAAGCCCGAGAAUGUACCACCAAAGGCGACUUCAAAUGUGUCAUCAGUCCCUUUUUCUGGGAAUCCUAUAUCUUCGACCGGUGUCUCAACGAGCCUACUUAACAAAACGGUUUCAUCUAAUCCUUCUUUGGACAUUAACCGUAGAUCUCGAGUAGAAUCUGAAAUUUCGAAUGCUCUUCCACCACCUAGUGAGUUGUUUUUCGCCAAAGCUACAAACGAAACUGAUCGAGUUGUGAAUAAUUCAUCAAGCAGUGGUUCGGCACACGGAAGAACAAAUUCAAUCGUCUUGCCAACCAGUGGGUCUAGUUCUUCUCGUGCUACUGAGUUGCUGCUCAGCGGUGUUCUAGAGCCAGUCCGAUUGCCUAUUACUUCUCGUUCGUUACAACUUUCAAAUGUCGCCAAUAUACCCACAUCGGAAGUUUCACAGCGUGACUCGUCGAGAGUGCCUCUCAACUUUGUUGCACCGCAACCAGGUCAGCAGAGGCAGUUACCACUGUUCACUCUCACAAAUAAUGCUCCAACGGCUGUGGCUUCGCCGCUGUUCUAUUUCGGUAUG